AAAAGAAAAAUAAAAAUUAUUUUGCUCUGGUUUCUGGAUUUCAUCACAACUCGCAGAUUCAAGGAUCUCAAUUUCUCCUCGCAAAACCUCUUAAUUUAUUUACAAAACCUUAAACUAUAUUUAAAAAAUGUCUAAAAUAAUAGUUGCUCACUUGUCACAUCCCCAAAGAGUGCGUAUCUUGUACAAAACAGUCCUGCGACUUCACAGAGGACUUCCUGAAGAACUUAAGGAAUUAGGUAACAACUAUGCACGAGAUGAGUUCCGUCGACACCUUAAAUGCAAUCCCUCCGAAGCCAACAUCUUUAUGACUGAAUGGGCAAAGUAUGCAGUGACACUGAGUGAACAACUCGGCCUUAGGGGGAAACCUAAAGGAAAACUUGGCGAUAUCCUCGACGUUGAUGCAGUGGAGAAAUUAAGUGACCAACAAACAGUACAACUCUACGAACUCAUGAUAGCCGCCAAAGGACUCGAUGAGAAUGCCACAGAACUUACCUCAGAAGGGCUCGGAACUAAUCAAAGAAAAUGAUGAUGUUAAAAAGAAAACCCGCCAUUUAGAAAAAUAGAAAAGUUUUUAGUAUUAAA